AUGCAUGAAUCUGGUCUGUGCAUAAAAUAUCCGUUCGAGGAGGCCACCAAUGUGACGCGCUACUCAUGGUUCGAGCGUAGCAACCUUGUUGCUUAUGAGCCGGGUAUGCGACGUCGUGUUGCACCGAAAGGUUCAUUAUGGCCACCAAUUGGUACUUCUGCCUCUUGUAAAGGCUUUCCAAACUCCACUGAAAGUUGUAACCUAUCGCCUCGCCCCGGCGUGUCACAACGCGAUGAAGUUUCUUCAGCAAGGGACACACUUUCAGAAGAUAUGGGUAGUUUAGAAGAUGAAGUUGAUGGUGAAUGUGACGGAGCUGGAAAGUCAGCAGCAACGCAUCUUCCGGUCGUUGUAGUAGAACAUAGAUGGUCUUCUCUAUUUCUACGUACUCCACGUAAAAAAUCGCUAGAUUCAGUGGAUGACAAAGAAGAUUUCUGCAAAAAAUCAGAUACAAAUUCUAUUAUCAACACCCUCUACUCUUCUGGGAACGCGAAGGACCGAGAAAAAUUAUCUGGUGAAAAAACAAAGACGUUCGCCGGUAAAGAUUCUGACUCUUCAACAUCUCCACAAGUUGUAAGCGUACAAGAAGCAUUAACGUCACCAGAAUUUGGAGGGCGCUCGUCCGUUUUGAGGUGCCUGAUAAUGGAUAUGGAGAUGCGGUUCAUUUCCAGAACACAAAUGAACUACGCAUUCCACCUAUCAGCCAUUGCUGAGCGUGUGGUGCACCACGGGGUUUACUAUUUAAACAAUCCAAGCUGUAAUUGGACCCCAGUAAUUAGCAACGAGCCUAUUGACGUGAGAUGUGCACUCGAUGUACUCAAUGUGCUCAAAAAUCCCGUGGCACAAGCGGCAAAAGACACCGAAGAUGACACACGCGCGGAACACUGCCAAGACGAUGAAACCGACAACACCAUUGAAGAACCAUCUUCAGAUAAUAAACAUUCGGGGUCAGAACCAAACGAUGGUGACCGCCCGCUCAAGUAUCAAAAAGUAACCGACAGCCCAGAUGCCGAAUCGGGCCUACCAGUCACUGAAGCGUCAGAUGACAGCGAUGUAGUGUUCAAAGUGGAAGAUGGUAAGGUUACUAGCCGAGUAAUGUCACCAAAAUUAACACGACAUGAUUCGGCUAAUACAUCUAGAUACCGAACUCUUCCAGAUAAACCUAAUGUAUCGAUGCUACAAAAGAUAUAUGUAGCAUUGACAUCCCAACACCCAGUUGAGUUAGAUGAUGGGUCUGACGAUCCUAUUUCUCCAGGAACCAACGGUAAGGACGAUGUGAGAGAACAACUGUUCGCUUUGGUGAAGAAGCUAGUGCAUGCCGAGUGCCCUGAUGCUUUGAUAUACGGAGCUAUAGCAGCAAUCUUGCAUAAAAAUACAGAUGCUAACGCCGUAGAGGAGAGGUUGACGCCCUUCGACCCUGUUAAUCUAGAUGCAGAAUCAGACACAACAGAUGGGCAACGCUCAUAUUGUGACGGAACAGAGACAGUUGACCGUUUCUGUCUAUGCCGCUCUAAAUAUGUAGUAUGUCCCACGGUUUUUAACGAGUAUAUUAUUUUUGGCGGUACACCCGCUACCCCUCAUGAUAUGGAGUUUGGUAUUUGGAUCUUUGACACUCCCUUCAAACGACUCAAAAUGAGGGAUGUUCCGGUGAUUUAUCACCAGCAGGUCCAGUAUUCAACAAAGAAAUAUAUAGCUAGUGCCGACCUUAAUGACGCUGUUUUAUCAACGCGUGUAUUGAAUUUACGUUUAGAGUUUUGUGGACGUGGAGACUGGAUAUUCGACGACGGUAGCUUACCUUGCAAUGAGGCUGACAGAGACCGUCAAAUGUAUGGCAAGGUAGUUACAGCUGAAGACCUCAUGCAACUAGAAUUUAUGGGUACGGUAAACCAGAUAUCUAAAAAGUUCUUCCUGUUGCAAAAGGCAUUUUUAACAACAGGAAAAGAAGGUACUUCAAGGCUCAUAUUCAUGGAUCCUUACGCUAAUAUUGAUGCAACAAUAUGUGACGAUAAGGAUUACGCCGACCACUUGGUCGACCUGUUGACGGUACUUUACAAGCAUAGUCCGGAGACGUUUCUUUCUUCAUGUAACGGAUAUUAUUACCAUGAAGAUGGAUUUUUACCGGAAAGUACGGAUAUACAACGCGUUCGCAAUACUUUAUUCCAUCUGGAAACCAGUCAUUACAGAACUGCUAUGCUGGCAGACGUGGUUGCCGAGCAGAAGCAUCUGUUGGGAUUGUCACAUAAGAUGCCAUUUUUAACGAAAUGUAAACGUGUUAUUAUUGGCAAAUCACGUAUCCACGGCUAUGGGUUAUUUGCUGUGGAUACUAUAAACAAAGGGGAAUUGAUCAUGGAGUAUGCCGGCGUGGUCAUAUCGGACCACAUGGCUGACAUCCGUGAGACUGCAUACGAGCGUUUGCUCUGUGGAAGUAUAUACAUGUUCAGGCUAGAUCUGAACCACAUUAUCGAUUCUACGUUUUACGGGAACUGCGCCCGUUUUAUCAACCAUUCUUGUGACCCAAAUACUGCUACUACUAACUUUAGUUAUAUCGAUGAAGAAGGCUUCGGCACGCACGUCGGUAUCUAUGCAUCUAAGAUUAUACCUGCCGGUGAGGAGAUCUAUUAUAACUACCGUCUUUCAGCAGGGUCCGCUAAUCGCGAAGUCUGCCGUUGCGGUUCGUACAUGUGUACCGGCUACAUGUCACUUGUGAAAUAA